GUUUGACAGGUAGUUAGUUGUUCGUACCAGUCGUCCGAAACGGCGACGUGUACUCUCCCUCACGUUAUACAGAGAAAAAUUUAUCGAGGGCCACAGUGUGGCGUAAUGAAAAUACAGUUUAAAUAGUUUCUGCAGGAUUUCCCGUCUUAUUUACACCAUGAACGAAGCGGCCGUUCCUUGCCCAGUCGAAGACGUCCAUGGGGAUAACAGAUGGAUGAACUUGCACCAGCGAUUUGUUUUGGAAACAAAAGAGAGAGAACCAGAGAUCCUGUUUGUUGGUGAUUCGCUCAUCUCUCAUCUCAUCUACACAGACAUGUGGGAAACCAUGUUUGCCCCUCUGCACCCAUUAAACUUUGGCAUAGGUGGAGACCAGACCCAGCACGUGCUCUGGCGGCUUGCGAAUGGAGAGCUGGACAACAUCAAACCCAAGGUUGUCGUCCUCCUGGUGGGCACAAACAAUCACGGACACACUCCCGACAUGAUCGCCGACGGCAUCAUGGCCGUCGUUCAUCUCAUCCGGGAGAAGCAACCCCAAGCGCACAUCAUUGUCAUGUCGCUGCUGCCGCGCGGACAUUUGGUCAAUCCGCUGCGUCAGCGCAACGCCCAGGUCAACGAGUUGCUGGCCCACAAGACGGCGUUGAUGACUCGCGUCCAGCUGGUCAAUACGGCCCCGGAUUUCGUCUUGCCGGACGGCAGCAUUUCCCAUCUGGACAUGUACGACUAUCUCCACCUGACGCCCAACGGCUACCGCAAAGUCUUUGAGCCUCUGCACGACCUCCUCAUCCAGCUGCUGGCCGAAACCAACGGAACCCAGCAGCAACCGGCCGACGAACAACAGGCCGGCAGCAGCAACAACAACAACAGCAACGCCCAAUCGCUGCUUCACAAAGGACCGUGAUUCUUAUUUCUUUCUUUCCCAUUUGAUUUUGUCUUCUUCUUCUACAUGCACCUUCACCAUUGGCUCUCGUAUAAAAUAAUGAAAGAAACUCUUUCACUAAAUCAAAAAAAGAAGAAAAGAAAAAAGGUGCGAUAAAUGGACGACGGGCUGAAAUGGCGACGCCGACUUGAUUAUCCUCCUUUUUGUUGUUGGCCGUCGAACAUCCGAUUGCUUCUAUUGUUGUACUGCCCGUCAUUUCUUUACUCUCCCACUGGCGCUAAUUUGGCUCUUUCUCCAUUUGUCCUCCUUUUUUUUAUUUUUAUUUCUUUUUCGAAUCAAAUAAAAAUCCCGCCCGCUGAUUUAUAUAGAUAUAUAUUGAAAAAGAUGGAAGAAAAAAUGAAUCCUCAACCAACAAUCACAUUUGAAUGGGCCUAUAUCAAUGUUAUAUCCAUAGCACAGCAGCAGUAGCAGAGAAGCCUUAUUUUCUUUUGUUUUAUUUUUUUUUUUUUUUUGUCUGGCUAAAAAAUUUAUUCAUUAGCAUUAUUCCGUGCUGUGCUUGUUGGGUGUGUGUGUGUGUGUGUGCCUUGUGUGUUCAUGUCCUUGAUGCGUGUUCCACGGAUUUCUCUCCCGAUGUCCUCUCCUAUUUUUGGGUGGGUUGGUGGGUGGGGUUUGCUCUUUGUACUGUACAUAAUCGGAUUUGUGUUUUUGUUCCGUGCUGUGUGUCUCAACCACUCUGGAAGAGUUAUUCGACCGGGAUCGACGACGACCGACCGAGGAGAAAACCAACCCAACAACAACCCCCAAAAAAAACGAGUGGGGAUUUUGUGUCUUUUGUGCGGGUUUCAGCAAGAAAA